AAAAAAAAAAAAAACGCGCAGUGAAUAUAUAAGGAAAUACUCCAAACAGAGGAUUCUCUCAUUCAACAGCUAUCACUAUAUUAAUUUUCUUACUACAGCAAAUUAAAUUAAAUAAAAAUAAAUAAAUAGGUGGGAGAAAAAGUUCAACAUUAUGAAAAGAAUAUAAAGUCCCGUAAAGCAAAUUAAAUUAAAAAAAAAAAGAAAAAAAAAAAGAACAGUAAGCAGAGAGAAUCUAGAAUUAAUUUCUACCCUUCUUUAUGAUUGAUACACAUAUGUAUACAGUUGUAUAUACGUGUCAUCAAUGAUUACAGCUAUACACACAUACUAAACUUGAUUUGCUGCUUCUGCUUCUGCUUCUGCUUCUGUUCUUUCGCUGCUUUUUUGCUGCUGGUUUUUUACCCAGAAGGUAUUGUAAAUAUGGCUUCUGAACUUGUUAGUUCUGCAACGAGCGACAAACUCACCGAAAUGGAUUGGACAAAAAACAUCGAGAUUUGCGAAUUAGUUGCACGUGAUCACAGACAAGCUAAAGAUGUUGUGAAAGCUAUUAAAAAACGCCUCGGAAGCAAAAGCCCGAACACUCAACUCUUGACCGUUAUGUUGCUGGAGAUGUUGAUGAAUAAUAUCGGAGAGCCUGUACAUAAGCAGGUUAUAGAUACGGGAGUUCUGCCCAUACUUGUGAAAAUAGUUAAGAAGAAGUCGGAUCUUCCUGUUCGGGAGAAGAUAUUUUUGCUAUUGGAUGCUGCUCAGACUUCUGUUGGUGGAGCUUCCGGAAGGUUCCCUCAAUAUUAUAAUUCAUACUUUGAAUUGGUGAGUGCAGGAGUGAAAUUUCCCGAGAGGACUCCGAAUAUUCCGAAACCUAAUUCUACAACAAGCGUGGAUAAGUAUAUUCCACCCGACAAGGAAUUUACUACUGCUCCUCAUUCCGAAAGAAACGUACCGCAACCACAGGCUCAGAGUGUUUCUUCUGAUUCAAGUAUUCUUCAGAAAGCCGGAACUGCAUUGGAGGUAUUGAGGGAUGUCCUAAAUUCUAUCGAUACACAAAACCGAGAGGGGGCAAAGGAUGAGUUCACACUAGAUCUUGUGGAGCAGUGUUCAUUUCAAAAGCAACGAGUAAUGCAUCUCGCGGUUACUUCUCGGGACGAAAGUGUCAUUUCAAGAGCAGUUGAGCUUAACGAGCAGCUCGAUAGAGUGUUACGGAGGCACGACGCUCUUCUAGCCGGCAGCACAAUGUCCAUUUCAAAUCACAUCGACCAUAUACAGGAAGAGGAAGAAGAAGAAGCUGAACAACUCUUCAGAAGGAUAAGAAAAGGAAAAGCUUGCGUAAGACCCGAAGACGAAGACCACCAUACAGAUCGACCAUUGGGAUUGAGGGGCCUACCCGUUCCUGGAGAAAUGCUCCACCGCCCGCUCAUACGGCCGCUUACCGUGGAGGCUCAACGAGAACCUGUACGGCCACUUAUCGUGGAGCCUCACCAAGAACGUCUCCCUGUACAUGUACGACCACCAAACGUGGAGCCCAAGCCAGAAAUUACGAUUAAGCCACUGCAUGCGGAGUUGAAUCAAGAACCCAAUAAUAAUAAUAAUCAUAAUAAUAUCGGUAAAUUGGGGGUUUCGAUUCCACCGCCACCUGCCAAACACGUCGAACGAGAGAAGUUCUUUCAGGAGAACAAAGCAGAUGCGUCUUCUCUCAACGGCCAUAUUCGCAGCCUCUCGUUGCACAGUAGAAACGCGAGCAGCUCACACAGUGGGAGUGUAGAUUUUAGCGACAGGGAUAAUUAAAAGAGGCGGUUAAUCAUUGCGGGUGGAAGACCUUUUUUUUUUUUUUUUUACCCUUUUCGAUUUGGUUGGAUUUGUUUUGGUGUUUUCGUGUCGAGUUUUUAUAUCGGAGUUUGAGGGUUUAUAGUUUCUUUUGAUGCAAAAGGUUGUUAUCCUGUACUAAUGUAUUUUGAUUUGUGUCUUCCUUUUUUUUCUUUUCUUUUUUUUGGCUUUGACUGUAAGAGAUGAACUGAUGAGAUGGUGAAUGUAUGCUAUAUACUUGGUAGAGUGUAUAUGAAAUAAUCUUUAUUUGUUUAUUUAUUUUUAAA